AUGAUUUUUACCAAUUUAUAUAGUGGAAAUCUUUGUUCAAUUUUAGCAACACCAUCCAGUCAUCCGUUUUCAACUAUUGAAAAAUUAGUACAAGCAUGCCAUUGUGGUCUGAUAAUACCGUUAGGAUUGGAUACUCCAUUUUAUGACAAUCUAAUCGUUUCUAAAUAUUUAAAAAUAGUUUCGAGAAAAGAAGAAGCUAUACAGAUGAUAAUUUCACCUGGAUUUCAUAAUGCCAAACAUUAUGCUUUUAUCUAUUCUCGUGAACGAUUACGUACAGCUCGAGCCUUUCAUGGUUCGAACAUACUUUACAUUCCGCCACGAACUGAAUCUACCUUUUUCCCAAUGAUAUUAGCCAUGCCAGUUCGAACGGAUUUUCCAUAUCGAAAAAAUUUUGAUAGAAUCAUAUCUCAAUCAUUUGAUUCUGGAUUAAUUAAACAGUGGUCAAAUCUUCAAACAUUUGCUAUCAGUCUUCGGCAUAGAGGAGAUAAUCACAAUGAUAUUAUUGAAGAUGCGAAUGAAAUUAUCGGCAGUUUUACUUUGCAGCAAUUGAAAAGUUUAUUCAUAUUAUAUUUAUUAUGUCUAUUAUCGGCUUUAUUUUUGUUCAUCAUUGAAAUUUGCUCUAAAAACUCAUGGUUUACCAACAACAUUCUUAAUUGA